AUGAAACUGAGAUUGCGAUUGAUAGAAACCAAAGAGACCAUCCGAGUGGAGGUCCCCGAUCUCUGCUCUCUCCACCACCUCAAACAAACCGUCUCCCAACUAAUCUCCGCCGCUCCUUCCUCCCUCCGCCUCUCCCUCAACCGCCGCAACGAGCUCCAUGCGCCAUCCCCUCACGACCCCCUCCGCUCCCUCGGCAUCACCUCCGGCGACCUUGUCUUCUACACUCUCGACCCCUCCUCCCAAGCCCUGGCUUCGCCUCUCCAUCCAAUUUCGCAUUCGUCCGCAGAAUCCCCAAAUCGAACUGAGCCCCAGUGUUCGAAUUUCCUAAACUCCGAAACCCUAAUUGACGAAGGGGCUGUUUUGGCCGAUUUAAUUGCUGAAGAACAGAGGUCUGGAGGUUCGAAUUCUGAAACCCUAGUGGUUUCUGGUGCCGAAUGUAUGGAUAUUGAUGACCCGUCUGAUGGGCUAGGGUUGAAGAAAUACUCGGUUCCAUUUUUCUUGAAGAGGGUACUGAGGGAAGAGUUGGGAGACGACCAUAGCAAUCACAAGCUAUUGGUGAUUGCUGUACAUGCUGUGCUCUUAGAGUCUGGUUUCGUUGGCUUCGAUUCGAUUUCGGGUAUGCUGGCCGAUCAAAGGACGGGUUCAACGAUUUCGCUUUCGUAUACUCUGCCUGAGAUAUUGCGAAAUCGGGGCAAUACUGGUAAAGAGGUUGAAAGGGUUGUGUUGAAGUUUCAGAAUUUGGGGCAUUUUGUGAAUGUUUAUGGGUCUUUGGCAAAUGGCGGUUCUUCGCCCUAUCAGGUCUGUUUGGACAAAAACAGAUUUGCCCCAACGAUUGAAUUCGUUUAUGGAACCCAAAAUGUCAAUGACAGAGAUGGGUUCGUUUUAGAGUUAUCGAAGAUUGUGAAAGAUGGGAUCACAUUCCCAUUGCUGAUUGAUCUUUGCGCAAAGGCUGGUUUGCCUGCACCACCGAGCCUUAUGCGCCUUCCACCGGAGCUCAAAAUGAAGAUUCUGGAGCCACUGGCUGGUGUUGACAUUGCCAAGGUGGGUUGUGUUAGUAAGGAGCUGCAAAAUCUUGGUAAUAAUGAUGAGUUGUGGAAGCAGAAGUACACUGAGGAGUUCGGUAAUGGUAGUGGAGGAGAAGGAACUGGAGGUGAAGGAACAGUGACUAACUGGAAGUUUAGAUUUGUUGGAAAUUGGGAGACUAGGAAGCAACAAAUGAAAGCAGUAGUGAGGUGGAGAUCAUUUGAGAGGCCUUAUUUCAACCUUAUCAGGAGGGACCCUAACCCAUUUGUACCUCCAAGGAUUGGUGGAAUAAUUGGUGGAGAUUAUGACCGAUUUCCACUCUUUGGUGCAAUUGAUCCUACUGGACAAGCACACCCUCUUCUACAACAACCCCGAAGAUCUGGUAUGCGGCGUAAUUUUUCACCCAAUUGCGAUCUGGGAGGGUUCAAUAUCUGA